AAAUCUUUUCCUUCAUAUCCACUUGCUAGGACAUUUGAUGUGUCAUCUCCACCUUCAACACAAGGGAUACACUCACCAUGUACUUCACAAUCAACAAAUUUAGAUGUAGGAUAUCCACCUACUAGGACAUUUGAUGUGUCACCUCCACCUUCUAUACAAGGGUUACACUCACCAUGUACUUCACAACCAACAUAUUUAGAUGUAGGACACACCUUUAAAUCACUUGUUGCAUUAAAGAAGCAAAAAUCAUGUCCUAUGAAUCCACCUGUUAGGACAUUUGAUGUGUCACCUCCAUCCUUAAUUACACUCACUAUUUUCGACGGUGGUUCACGUGAAGCAAAACGCUGCGUUGAGGGAAGCGCAGAAGAAGAAGUAGUCGCCGGUUGGUAUGGCGCGGAAGAAGAGCAGUGGCCACAGAAAGAUUCCUAA